AUGAGGCAAAAGAGCAAGCACUCGCGCAACCGAGUAUGGCGAGACAGCCAAUCCUGCCAGCGCUUGUUUAGAGCUGUUGGCUGGCCGGCGUAUGUUGCAGUCGAGACGAGCGUUGGAGCUGCGACUCUAGCAGACAUCUCCCAGAGAGUGAAGGCAGAUCGCCAGCAUCAGCGAGAAGAGCGUGAGGCAGCAGCAGCGCAGGAUAAGAUUAAAGAGGGCAUCCGUUCGCAGGCUGAUCCGUGGCUAGAGCUCACAGAAUGGGUCCCGCACCUACAAGGUAUCCCAAGGGCGGCACUUCUGCGCGCUAAACAGCUAGCUGGUGGGGAGGUAGACGCGCGUGGGAAGGAAGAAGUGGCGUUUGACGACACGGGCUUACGCGAUGUUUGCAAAGCUAUAGAGCGGCUGAUACGAAAAGCGUUCGAUAGCAGCCGAGCUGAGGUUGUCGGCAGACUCGCACUGGAGAUUAUCGAGCGACGUGAGGCGGGCGCAGAAUCGAACGAGCGGCCCUUCUACGCUAGGCAUCGAGUCGGUACGAUCAAGAAGUACAGCCAGAAGCUGGUGAGCAUCCUCUGCUACCUGUGGCGCACAUAUGACCAGGUCGAGCGGCCGCCAUACAAACUUACCAGCACGCAAGACGCCCUCUUGGUGUCACUCCAGCAAAUAGCCCGCUCAGACGACGCUGCGAAGAAAGAGAAACUGGAAGAGCGAUGCCUGCGCUUUUGGAUCGCCUUGCUCAACCACAGCCUGACUGGCGACGAGCACGAGAGCGCACUGCUGAGCGGAGUGGCUGUCCUCGGCCUCAAGCCUGAUCACCAUGGCGGUGGGUGGGUUCCGGCGCACGAGUUCUCGCCAACGCUGUCUGCUUUGAUCACUACCUCGAAAGCGCUCGUAGUGCAUCAUGCCCGCUGCCAGCGAGAUAAAGCGCUUCAGAAAGACCCUUGUACAGCACCUACUGCGUAUGAGCUAGUUAAAGACAUGUCUGAACGGUUUAUGACGCUGUCCGACUUCAAAGGCACACCCAGUCCUAUGAAUCGAAUGCUCCGCUUGCGUACGCUAGCUAGAACACAGGCAAAGCGACGUAAUACUCCCGGUAUCGUGUCGUGGGAUGGAGAUCGGCUUCUCAUUGACAAGCAGAGCUUUUCGCUAGCCGAUCUCCGGUCGAUGGUGAAGGGACUCUGCGAGACGGUGCGGUUGCAGCUAUUUAAGGACGUCCUACUCUUGGAUCUAGACGAAAGGGGUUGCGUGCGACCCGGGACCACCCCGCUUCCAGAGGUGUCUGUGGACAAACUCGUCGAUCAGCCAGCCGAGCUGGCUACGGGCUGGAGCUUUCUGAAGCACCCCGACAACCAGCUAGAUAGAUGGCAAGACUGGCUUCUAGACCGGGUGUUGGACGAGGCUCCGCUAAGGGAGAGAUUCAUUCGUGGGAUAGAUAGCACACAACGGCCGGAACGGACGCUAUGGCGCGAUGACGCUGUAGCUAGGUACAUGAAAGGAGUGCGUCAGUUUAAAGAAGGCCUCUUCACGCUUGUUCACAUGUCUGGCGGCGGGCCUGGUCGCGGGACAGAGAUUACCUCGAUACAGUGCGAGAACAAGGGUGGCCUGGUAUCCUUCACCACUACGUACCACAAGGGGUAUAGCUUCAGCAAGCGUGUCAAGACGAUCCACCGCUAUGUUCCCUGGGAGGUGGGUGAGCUGGUGGUGUACUUCCUCAGGCUCGGUCGACCGUUCAUAGAUGAUCUCCAGAUGCUGCACAAUGGCGUUGCCCGCCCUACCGCUUUCAUCUGGGAGCCAGAGCCGGAGGAGCAGUGGGGCGACGAGAGCGAUAGCGAAGAGAGCGACGACGGAGACGAGUACGGCGAAGCCGACCGUAAGAAGGCACGAUCCGCUAACCCAGACGGGUACUGGGGCACCGAUCGCAUACGCCGUGUCCUGCGCAAGCAGACCUUUCAGUACAUGAACACCGCUCUCGGCACCCGCGCCUGGCGGCAUGCCUACCCAGCCAUCCACCGAGAGCUGGCAAGAGAUGGACAAGCACGCGACUGGUUGGAAGUGCUCUACUGGAACAAAGCGCCGGCGAAGAGCAACGCGCAAGCGUUGCAGUCCGGCCACAGCCUUAAAACAGAGGAGGGCAACUACGGCCGCUCCAUGAUGGAGUCUCCCUUUCAGACCAUGGCUGAGCGGGAGGAGUUCCGGCGGGUGAGCAUGGACUGGCAUCGCGUGCUGGAGUUUGCAUCCGCCUGGGAGGACGGCCGCAUGCACCCCGGUGUUCGCGCGGAGAUGGUAGCGCAGCAAGAGAAGCAGGCGCUCCAGCGCUGGUCGUCGCUCGCGAUGGUGGACCUCAAGGCAGAGUUCAGGCGACUCGCUGGACGGCCGGACGCCGAGUAUCGUGGCAAGCAAGAAGAAAGCCUUGAGGCUGUGAUGCAGCGACGGCUGCGCGUGCUAGUUGUUAUGGCUACUGGCACCGGCAAGAGUAUGCUGUUCAUGCUGCCCGCGUCCGUCUCGCCAGGCGGCGUCUCCGUGGUCGUGGCUCCGUUGAAUGCCUUGCGAGACGAUCUGCAAGAUCGCUGCGACCAGCUCGGCAUCCCCUGCGCGAAGUGGGAUGGAAGAAGACCGCCGUACUGGGCUCGUAUUGUGCUGGUGACGCCUAAGAGCGCAGUCACGAAGGCGUUCGGCAGGUUCAUUGACGAAAAGCGCAUGCUCCAUCAGCUAGAUCGUAUCGUGAUAGACGAGUGCCACGUGCUGCUGGAGUCGACACAGGACUGGCGGCCAGACCUCCUCAAGAUGGUGGAGAUGACGGAGAAGGGCACACAGGUUGUCUACCUGACUGCAACCUUGCCGCCCACGCUGCAGCCCGCCUUCUUGCACACCGCAGGGCUCGAUGCCCAGACCGUAACCAUAUGCCGCGAUGAACGCACCACGCAAACGAACAUUGCGUACCAGGUGCUAGAGUACACACGUGGCACGCUAGAAAAAGUACUUAUUAAGCUUGUGGCUGCGAAGAGGAGUAGGUACGGACCUAAGGCGCAGAUCAUCGUCUAUUGUCCAACUGUGGACGAGACGAAACGGCUUGCGAAGCUUCUGCAGUGCUCUGCAUACUACCGUCAGAUGGGCUCAGACGAGGAAAAGGCACGCAUGGUGCGAAGCUUCACCCUAGGCAUAGAGAAGCUUUGUACAGCCACGAACAUGCUAGGUCUUGGGCUCGACGCUGCAGGCGUCUGGGUGGUGAUCCACGUUGCCAUGUGUCCCCUGCUGCUCCAAUAUGUGCAAGAGAGCGGCCGGGCGGGACGAACGGGGCUCGACAGCAAAGGGAGGGUAGAGAAGGCGCUCGGCUACAAGCUGGAGCGACCUGCAAAGGAGUUUAUGACAGUCGAAUCCUGUCAGCGAAUCGCGAUAGACAAGCACAUGGACGGCAGACAGAACAGGCAGCAAUGCGAGAUGGGAGAGUCGAAGUGUGAUCUAUGCGAGCGACACCCCGGUGGUACCAAGCAACAAGCCGUCGAAGAAGAGCAGGAAGAGCCAGAGGAGACGCAGGCCGACACUGCGGCAGUGGCAGCAGAGGAGCAGCGCAGAUGUAUAGAGCGAGCUAUGGUCGUUAAAGAGCAGAGGGUUAAGAUCCAGCAACGGCGAAGGACGGAACAAAAAGUAUAUGACCUGGAGCGGCUAGAGCAGCACUUCCAGCGCUGGAGCAAUGCGUGCGCCAUCUGCAUGGCCACUCAGGCUGACCCGGCGCGCCACGACUGGAAGGACUGUUCAAAGGCCAGCGGAGCGCAGAUGACAUUAAUGGAGUCUAAGGUGAAAUCUAUGCACUAA